AUGUCUGGGCGUGUGCGUGUUGGAUUUCUUUCUUUUUUUUUUUUUUUUUUGUGUGUGUGUGGAGGGGGAUUUGGUGCCUCGGCGUUAUUUUGUUUGCGCCCCGCCCAAACUCCCCGCUUUUCUGAUGUUUUCUCUUUUUUUUUUUUUACUGCCGCACACAAGGGGGAGGGAGGGGAGGGGACGGUCGUCCAGAUGACUGGAGGCGGCGACCAGCAGCAGCAAGGAGAGGAGACGGCAGAUGACGGUAUGGAGCGGAAGAGGUGUUCUUCACCGGCCGCUUCAGGCUUGUUUGACACGCCGAGGGAGCCGCCUGUGCAUUCCUCGCCAAACGGUGAGGAAAUGACGCCAACACGCGGGGCGGAUGCGAGAACUCACAGUUGUGCUGGAAACAGCUGCAGCGGGGAAGAGGGAGGGGGAAGAAACGCAUGGCAGCCGCCGAGACUGGAGGAUUUUGCCGGCCCUUUCAGCGGUGUUUUUCCACCCGAGGCGGCCGUGAAAAUGACGGACGUGGCUAACAACAACGACUGUCGCGGCAGUGACGAGGGGUCAUUACUCGCCAGAGAAGUUCAUGAAAUGUUCACGGCAUUGCCCGAUGUGCCCGCCCCUGCCAGCAGCAAACACGUCACGCAGCAGACUUUUGAGAGCGGCGUCGUGACGACGUCGAAGACGGGGUGCAACCCUCGGGUGGAGCAAAAGGAACCAUAUGGGCUGCAGUUAAACACGGGUCCAUCUUCGGCAACAAGUCGCGAUCCCAAUCAACAAUUCCUGCGGCUGCUGAAGGGGCAUCAGCGGCGUGAAGCGGGUCACACGUCGCCACGUUCAUCCAUUCCGAAGCCAACGAGGAAUUACCCUACUUGGCGGACCACCAACUCGAAAGGCAAAACAAAUCAUCGGGGGGGAAAGGAGGGUGGCAUGCCGCUCAAUUUUCGUGUACCCACCUCUCGAUCGCCACGCGGCACCUCUUUUUCAUUUGUUUUCCAGAAGGAGGCAAGGCGACGGCGUCUAAACGAUGAAAUAAUGCCGGACGGAGGGACCUAUGCCAAAUCCAUUGAAGACCGACCAAAGCCAAGCGUCGCGGUAUUAGCUGGAGACAGACAGCAUGUCGCUUCAGCGCCAGUGGAGCAAAGAGAGGCAUCGUCACUUGUAUCGGUGGUGGCUCAUGUCAUGGAUGCCACACCAACAUUGAAAACAUCCGCUGAAGAGGAACCGACAGCACGGCUGGUGCCACCCAUGCAAACACCCUUUUUUGCCUCCAGAAGCACCUUCAUUUACGCCGAUGGAAGACAAGAAGAGACGUUGCAGCUGCCCAAAAAGAAAACGGUUCAACAUCCGGGCAUAAUUCUGGACGAAAUCAGCACGUUGCCGUCAGAGCUUCUGGACGGCGCACUGAAUUCGUCGUCCGUUUUUAACUACCCCGUCGAUUGGGAAAAGACUCCUAUUGAAGAAUCGCGUCCAUUGCAAACGGAACGCCAUCCCACAACAGGCAUUUGGGAUGCAACGGUGAAGGACAACCCAAGAAAUCACACCGUCUUUGAAGAUGAAAAAGAAGACGAGCAGAAAAAUGAUUCCUUUGCCUUUGAGGGCAUGGGCUUCAACUCAAUAUUGCCAACGACACGCAGUCGAUGGUCCAACAGUCCUGUCUAUGAGAUUGUGGCCCAUGCCCCAUCCACUCAGACCUCUACACGUGCGCCAAGUGUCAUGAGUGUACUUCAAGCAUUACCCGCAGCCCCUCCACCUGAGCAAGAGGAACAAUUCUCGUUGUCAUCGUGUACAGUGGAAGAGAAGAAGCCGGUGGCAGAAAAUGCCACGGAGCCUGUGACAUCUAUAUUGUCAUACAAAGCACGUUUUAGCGGAAACAAUCGGAGCGAGACACGGCGAAAGGAGCGCCCUUUAGCGUCAAGGUCUCAACGACCGCUCCCGGCGUCUUUAGGUUCAUAUGCUGAGAUUAGGACCUCAGCGCGGCGAUUUCAUGCCGGAGCUGAAGCUGGGAGGGAUGUGAAGGUUCGGCAUCAAAACCGCCAAUACCAACCCAAAUUCCAUCAGAAACGUCGUCCACAUGGCAAGCGGGAUGAAAUGGAAAGGCCACCCCCAUGGGAAAUUGCAGCUCAGGUGAAGGCAAUACGAGAGCGUUUGUGCCGUUUACGUGAAAUGGGGAUGCAUCGCGAGGCAGAAGUUUUCUGGUACUUAUGGCCAGAAGAGCGGCAGCUGUGGCACUCUCUUACGAACAAAUUGACAUUACUUCGUGGUCAGGCCGCAGAACUGACCAAACGGAUUUCGGAAUGGGAAAUGGGGCAUCCUGAAGAUACAUUGGCUAGAGUAGAGAAGAGGAUUCAGCUGAUCCAAUUCAAAAAGCAAUUUCUGCUGACGGAAUGGGAAAAGGUCGAGGAUCUCUCUUGGGAGUACCUCACGGCACAACUGUUGCAAGGUGCAAGGAAACCACUGAGGACUCUUAUCAUGCUACCCUCGUGGCAAAAGUUUUAA